AUGCUUCAAUAUCCAUAUUUUUGUGGAAUGUAUAAAGAAUAUCUUUCAUGUUGGUUAGAACCUGGCAUACCUAAUUUAGGUGUGUGGCCAAAAAGCAUACACACUACAGCAGAAGAAUAUAAAGAAUAUGAAGCCCAGGAGCAAACAGAUCAAACUCAAGCCUGGGAUUUAAACGGAUCUCAAGAUAGAGAUUUUGAAACUAUGGCUAAAUUACAUAUUCCAGUAAUGGUGGAUGAAGUUGUUCAUUGUUUGUCACCACAAAAAGGACAGGCUUUUCUAGAUAUGACAUUUGGUUCAGGAGGGCACAUAAAAGCCAUUCUACAGAAGGAGUCAGAUAUUGUUCUGUAUGCAGACAAAACAGCUUAUGCAUUAACUGAACAUCUUUCAGAGUCGUAUCCUAAACAAAUCCGAGCUAUGCUGGGCUGGUUCAACCAGGAUGAAGCCUUAUUAAUGAAAACUGAAGUGCAGCCAGGGACUUUUGAUGGAGUUCUUAUGGAUCUUGGGUGUUCCUCCAUGCAACUUGAUACUCCCAAAAGAGGUUUUUCCCUUCAGAAAGACGGCCCCUUAGACAUGAGGAUGGAUGGUGGCAGGUACCCUGACAUGCCCACUGCUGCUAAUGUUGGGAAUGCUUUAGAUCAUCAGGCACUUGCAUCUAUCCUAAGAAAAUAUGGGGAGGAGAAGCAUGCCAAGAAAAUCGCUUCAGCACGCAGCAUCUACCCCAUCACCAGAACCGAGCAGCUUGCCAGCAUCAUUGCAGGAGCAUUUCCUCCCUCUGUUAUUUAUGCAGGAAAAGACUUGCUACAGUGAUCUACUCAUAUUGCCACCAAGACUUUCCAGGUUCUUCACAUAUUUGUGAACAAUGAGCUCAAUGAACUCUACACAGGACUGAAGACAGUUCAGAAGUUUCGGAGACCUGGUGGUCGCCUUGUUGACCUCUCCUUCCAUUCACUAGAGGAUCGCAUCGUCAAAAGAUUUUUGCUUGGAAUAAGCAUGACAGAAAAGUUUAACCUAAGUGUUAGACAGCAAGUGAUGAAAUCAUUGCAACUGGGUUCAGAUCAUGAAAACAUGGAAGAAUUCUCUAUGAGAAGAGCUCCUUUAAUGUGGGAACUGAUACACAAGAAGGUACUUAGUCCACAAGAUCAGGAUGUACAAGAUAACCCCAGAGGGUGCUCAGCCAAGCUUAGAGGAACUAUCAAAUUAUAA